AAGGAGGAGCUGUCAGCUACGAAGGAUGAGCUGACGGGCCGGCUGCUCUCCGUUGAAGAGGCGAAGGCCGGCGUUGAGAGCAGCCUGGAGGCCGUGACUGCGGAGCGUUAUGCUCUUGUGGAUAAAUUGGACACUUUGCGGAAUGAUUAUGAUUUUUCUGUGGUAUCGUUACAAAAGACUAUUGAUGAGUUACAAGAUUCUGAGAGGGAUUUGCGUGGCGAGUUGUCCGAGCUCAGGCGUGAGAAGGAGUCUUUGUCUGAGAAUCUGCGCAUAAUGACAUUGAAUUUUGAGGCCACAGGUGUUAGAUUGCAUCGUCUUCGGGAUAUUUGUGGAUCGGCAGGGGGAAUGCGGUCGUUGGCGGAUGGGAACGCAGAUUAUCCCGUGACGCGGGAGGUGCUAAAGGUGAAAAAGAAAUAA